UGCAUUUUCAGUUUUAUCACUAAAAUCACAAAUACAUAUUCCCCCUCUUUUCCCUUAUGAUUAGGCUAUUUGGGGCUUAGGGUUUUUGAGCAGGAAAAUUUGUCGAUUUUAGUGCACAAUGUACGCUGAUCAAAUUGAGGCUCAAGCUAAUAGCCAUAGGUCGGUCAAGGAUCGCCUUGAUGGAAAUUCCGCCGCUGGUCCCGGCCGCCGCAGACCUAUCUUCGGCAAGAGACAAAGAGAAGAUGAUGACAAAUGGGCACAUGACCUUUAUGAGGAUAAUGAACCCCUAGUCUCAAGUCGAAAGGUUGGUGCCAGAGAUCUUCGCCUGAAGCUCCAAAGAAAGAGUAUUGAUCAAGCUUCACAAAGUGUGGGAGGACCUGGAGGUGGAAGGGAUCUACGUGAGAAGCUCUCUGGUGCACUCUAUUCUCGUCCUGUUGAGUACAAGCCUCCAGCUGUGCGGCCAAAGCCUGCAAUCGAAUCUAGUAAACCACCUAGGAAGAGUGUAAUAUCUCAAGCCUCUGCACAAGAAGUAAAGGUUUCUAGCUCUGUAUCAAAGAAAAAGGUUCAGCAGAAGGUCAAUUCUGUGGAAAGUUUCCUGCAGUCUCUGGGUCUUGAUAAAUAUUCGAUUACAUUUCAGGCUGAAGAAGUUGAUAUGGCAGCGCUAGUACACAUGAGUGAUGAUGAUCUUAAAGCUAUGGGAAUUCCGAUGGGUCCAAGAAAAAAAAUACUUCUGGAAUUGGAGUCGAAGCGUGAGGCCUGAGUGCAGCAAGCCCAUUUUGGAUUCUUGUAUGAGGAGCCGUAUCAAUUGUUUGUGAGCCCUAAGCAGGGUUUUUCAUUUUCUUUGUGUUUCUACAACUUCCAUGGUAAUUAGUUAUCUAUUGUAGUUUCAUGUUUUUGUUGGUGAAAGUUUGGCUUGAACGAGAUAUAAAUCAUAAGUACUAUUCUUCGAA